AUGUGUGAGAACCACCUCAAAAGUAAAGCUGACGCUACUGCACAAAUUGAAGUCAUACCAUGCAAAAUUUGUGGCGAUAAAUCCUCCGGGAUUCACUACGGCGUUAUCACGUGCGAAGGUUGCAAGGGUUUCUUUAGGAGGAGCCAACAGAAUAAUGCCUCUUAUUCCUGCCCAAGGCAGAGAAACUGUUUGAUUGACAGAACCAACAGAAACCGUUGCCAACACUGCCGACUGCAGAAGUGUCUUGCUCUAGGAAUGUCGAGAGAUGCGGUGAAGUUCGGCAGGAUGUCCAAGAAGCAGCGGGACAGUCUGUACGCCGAGGUGCAGAAGCACCAGCAGCGGCUGCAGGAGCAGCGGCAGCAGCAGAGCGGCGAGGCCGAGGCCCUGACCCGCGUGUACAGCGGCAGCCUCAGCCACCUGAGCGGCGAGACGGGCGGCGCCUUCCACGCCAACGGGCACGCCAUCGACCUGCCCAAGUCCGAGGCCUACUACAACGUGGACUCAGGUCAGCCCUCCCCGGACCAGUCAGGACUGGACAUAACUGGCAUCAAACAGAUCAAGCAGGAACCCAUCUACGACCUCACCUCCGUCCCCAACUUGUUUACCUAUAGCUCUUUCAACAACGGGCAGUUAGCUCCAGGGAUCACCAUGACAGAGAUCGAUCGAAUUGCACAAAACAUCAUCAAGUCCCACCUGGAGACCUGUCAGUACACCAUGGAGGAGCUGCACCAGCUGGCGUGGCAGACUCACACCUAUGAGGAGAUUAAGGCGUAUCAAAGCAAGUCCAGGGAAGCUUUGUGGCAGCAGUGUGCCAUCCAGAUCACUCACGCCAUCCAGUACGUGGUUGAGUUUGCAAAGCGGAUCACAGGCUUCAUGGAGCUCUGUCAGAAUGACCAGAUUCUACUUCUGAAGUCAGGUUGUUUGGAAGUGGUUUUGGUGAGAAUGUGCCGUGCCUUCAAUCCAUUAAACAACACUGUCCUGUUUGAAGGAAAAUAUGGAGGAAUGCAAAUGUUCAAAGCCUUAGGUUCUGAUGACCUAGUGAAUGAAGCAUUUGACUUUGCAAAGAAUCUGUGUUCCUUGCAGCUGACUGAAGAGGAGAUUGCUUUGUUCUCCUCUGCUGUUCUGAUAUCUCCAGACCGAGCCUGGCUGAUAGAACCGAGGAAGGUCCAGAAGCUUCAGGAAAAAAUUUAUUUUGCACUUCAACAUGUGAUCCAGAAGAAUCACCUGGAUGAUGAGACGUUGGCGAAGUUAAUAGCCAAGAUACCAACCAUCACUGCGGUUUGCAACUUGCACGGUGAGAAGCUGCAGGUAUUUAAGCAAUCUCAUCCAGACAUAGUGAAUACACUGUUUCCUCCCUUGUACAAGGAGCUCUUUAACCCUGACUGUGCCACCGUGUGCAAAUGAAGGGCCCAAGACAGCUGGCUCCUGGUCGUGGAAUGCAUCACUUUUAAGACAAAAGCAAUGUGUUCAUGAAGACCUCAGAAAAAAAAAAUGUCACUACUGCAACGUUAGGAAUGUCCUGCACUUAAUAGAAUUAUUUUUCACCGCUACAGUUUGAAGAAUGUACAUAGGCACCUGAAUGGGGCUCUUUUUGUUGUUCGUUGGUUUGGGAAAUGACCAUAAAUAUACAAUAUAGGACACUGGGUGUUAUCCUUUUUUUUUAUUUUAUUCAGGUAUGUUUUGAAGACAACUGUUUAUAGAAUUUUAUUGUAGAUACAUUCGAGAACAGAGCGGUACUUUACAUGGUUACUUUUCCUGUUGAUUGUUCCAAUAUAAUUUAAGAAAAUUCCACUUAAUAGGCUUACCUAUUUCUCUGUUUUUAGAUAGCUGGUGCAUGUGUAAAUCUGUAGCUGUCUUGAAAAGUCCUGUGCAUGUAUGUAAUGAGUAUAUAAUAUGGGUGAAUAUUAUAUAUGACUAUUACAUAUACAUGCACAUGCACUGUGGCUUAAAAUGCCAUUCCUACUAGCAGUGGAGGUUCAGUCGGGCUCCCUUAUAUUAUUUGCCUUCUGUGUUCUAUGUUACUUUUUUAUGUUAGACAAUCAGGGUUUUGUUUUUCCAGUCAGAGUUUUUCAUCUAUAGUCAAUAGCAGGACAGCACCGAUUCAGUUAAGCCUACAAAGGAAUAAAUAUAAUGCAUGGUUUCUGUAAACAAACAUACAAACUAUUUCUAUCAAUGACAUCAAAGCCUUGUGAAGAUGGUAGUACAUAGUGAGAUGGUGAAGGAAGUAUUUGGAGCCAUUUUCCUGUUUUAAAAAUU